GGUAAGCCCUUGUUUACUGCGCGGGCUAUGGCAGUACGUCGCGCAGGCCUACCGUUAGUCAGCCUAUGGAAAUUACCAUCUGUAGGCUCUAGUUUUCGACUGGUGACGGUAGAAAGCGUCAUAGAGAGGUUACGUUGAUCGUCAGCAGACGCCGGUUGCUGUUGUAGAACCAGCAAUAUUGUAUGCUGCCCUUAUGUCGUACAUAAACCGUUUCGAGGUUGUAAUUGAAUUGACGGACGAGAAGUUGAGUCUUUGGGUGUAAAGAAGUGAAGUUAUUAAUUUAGCAGCAGAGGAACUGGCCCGUUGUGGUGUUGAAUAAUGUUGAAGUUCGGUUGGCUGUAUGGAAACGGACUGCAACGAACAAAUGCCGGAAGUAUGAAAUGAAGCCCGUGGAAGCACAUGAUGACCGCUGAUAAUCACUAGUGCGUCGGUGCCGGUCAAUGAAUGAAUGCUGCAGCGUGACGAAUCCGUAGUGACUGGUGAUGGGGCAAAAUUAAGCGUCAUAGUCGCUCGAGCUGUCGAUAAGUAUCUAAUGUGAUUUACAUUAACAUCGGUGAUGGAGAUGGUGUCAGCGUUGAAGUGCACGUAUAAUUCGAUAAUUGUACAAAAUGACAGCGGAUGAUUCUCAUCAUGCGAGGGAAAACAGUAGUUGUCUUCGAUGCUUUAGUUGAGGUCAGUCAGCGUACGGAUACGCUGAAUUGAAUUUGACCUAGUAACAAGAGGCGCCGUGCGUAUGUAACCUGUCCUUUAGUAUAACGGAUUCACUCCUGCGAGUUGCAGGGGAAGGUCGGCGGGUUUAGGCUGGCCCAGAGCGUUUUCUCGUUCUUGAGCAAAAUGGCGACCGCAUCAUCUUCGAAGGAUCGCCAUAUUAACAACUGUAUGCUUUAUCAAAAUGUCGGAGAGCUACAGAAGAUCGUGCAUCAAUCACAAACAGAAAAACUCUCGCUGGAGCAAAUAUUCGCGAAAUAUCACAAGGCGAUCGACUUUCAUCGAUCGGAUAACCGGCGUGAGGUCGCGGAGCUCGAGCUGUCGGAGGUUCGUGACGAGCUGCACGAAAGACAGGAGCUCUGCGGGAGCCUCCAGCAGCAGCUGCUGCAUACGCUUGACAGCAAACACCAGCUCACGGCCAAGGCGAGUGGACUCGAAGAAGAACUUCAGCAGCUCCGAGAACUUCACGAGGAUCUUCGAACGCGCCAUGAGGCGCUACGCUCAGAGCGUGAGUUGCUCGAGGAUACGCGCGAGGAGCUCGAAUCGCAACUGGGAAGGCUCAACCUGAGUGAGGCCGAGCUGCGCCAGCUGGUGCGCGGUCAACAAGAUAAUAUUACUGACCUCCAGAAACAGCUGUCCGCCAAGGAAAUGGCGUAUUUAGACGCCCGCCGCAAGGGAGAGAGCUUAGAGGAGCAGCUCCGCCUCAGCGAGGAACGGAAACGUUCGCUCGAUCGUCUACAUCGCGAAGCGUCGGCGGAGCUCAAGCGCACCCAGAUGGAACUGUCACGUAGUACGCGCAGCGGCACCGAAAACGAUCUGCGCCAUCAGCAGACCAUCCGAGGACUCGAGGGAAAGGUUCGCGAUAUCAAACGCAAGUUAGACGAGGAAUCAAUCAAAAACGAGGAACUACAGAUCGAAAUGGCAAACCUCCGCAAGAAGCAAUCCUGGAAAAAGAGGAGCUUCUCAGCGGAGGUUCAUACAACGGUUGAACAGGAACGUGAGUUAACCCUCACUCGUGAUCGCGACCGAGACGACUUCACUCAUGAGGGAUUUCGCAAAGAUUCUGCCUAUGGAUCUUCAUAUCGAUCGUCAUACGGGAAGUCUACCCUCGACGAUGAAUCGCAGCGCACCGGAGGAGAGUUUGGGCGCCGGACGUCGCCAUCGCUGUUGUUUCGUGGAGGCGAUGAGCUGCCUGAGCGGCCGCAGUCCGUUGUUGAUUUCCGGGAAAGACGGGACCUGGAGAUGGAACUGGACACCAGUCGCCCGUACGGCCGUCCAGCGGGUAGAUCUAUAGAUGAUCUGCACGCUGAUACGCAUCGAUACCCUUUACGACGGAGCCACGACGAUGUGGGACGUGACCGAGACGGGAAGGGUCUGGCAUCAUCAGCCGCUGACUAUAGCAGACCCCUCUCGAGCGCCGCGAGUUCGGACCUUCGUUUUCGGGAGCCGGACAGACUUACCCAGCCUGGGGACGGUCGAAAACGAUCCGACAUCCACGGAGGCGAUCUCCCCGAUGACCUGAGAUACACCGACAAGAAACCUAGAGAACUGACUUCCAGUAUUAGAUCAACCAGCCGAAUUGAUAGGGACCGUUCGCCAAUGAAGGGCGAGGUGAAGUUCCUGGAUGAGGAACCUCCGCGCGCAGAUCGGAACGGCCCUGGGAGCCGCGAUAGCCACGGCCUCGCUUCCAAGGCCGCGCCGAAAAGUCCGCGAUUCGACCGUCGUCUCGAUCUCGAUAGGACAGAUACGUCAUUCCGCGACAGAGAUACAACUAUCACCACGAGUCAUAGAGAAAAAGAUCUACGUGAAAGAGAACGCGCUGAGCGGGAGCACCGAAAGAUCGGCUCAUUGCUUAGUUCACGCGGAGCAAUGGACUCGUAUGGAUCAUCGACCGUCGUGAGUGGCCGUGAGCGAGAGGCACGCCUUGCCAAGAUGGAUGUUGAAGGAGCAGCCAGCGCUAGUAUCUUGGGUUCUUCUGGCCCCUCCGGUCAUUCAAGCCAUACGCCCGGUUCCCUUGUGGCCGGCGGGCGGUAUGCGCAGCCCAGCGAGCGGCGAAGCGCCGAGAACCUAUCUUCUCUCUAUUCGAGGGACGAAGAUCGACUCACGUCGAGGGUUCUGGAGCGCCGUAGCCAUGAAGAUCUACGGGACAGGACACUUGACGUAGAGCCACGUUCCCUCGAUCGGAGCGCUCACCCUGAGGGCCACGCCGCCGUCGGCUCAGUAUCCUCUAGUGCAACGCCGGCGGCGGCCCUCAAGCGCAGCGACAUGCUUCGUCGGGAGGCCAUUGAACGAGCAACGCUGAAAAGCCCCUAUGGCGGACGUACAGGUGCCCCGGCAGGCAGCAUAGGUCUGGGAGCUAGUACAGGCCUAAGCUCUCUUGGAGUUUUGGACCACCAACCUGGGGACUCGGCGCUCACCGCCAGCGAUCGGCUGCGUAGCGAAAUCGAAUCUCUGGCUGACCAGAGGGAGAAGUCCCGACAGCUGCACGACCGACAACAUUUCUCCAAGGAAAGCGUAAAACAACAAUACGGGUCUUCAGAAGAAGGACUUCUCUCAGAAAAGCGUCCGAAAACAAGUUCCUUGGUAGCCAGCGCGAAAGGUUGUCUCGACGAUCUUUGGUUGGCUGAUGCUGAAAAACGUUUGUUUGGUUCAGCCGAAAGCGACCGCCUUCGAGAGUUCGAAAAGGCACGGUUUGGGGGUCGCGAAAGGGCCAGCUCUGCGCUGGCUCACGACGAACGCGACCGCAGGACAGCGUCCGACCUGCGGGGUCUUCCUGACACCGACGAGCUCGCACUCACCGUAUCUGCCAAGAGCACCAUCAUGGACGAUAUGGAUAGAUCGUGUGAGUUCCGAGAGAAAAUCUGCAUGGCCGAUCGCAGUUCGGCAUUCGAACGAAGGGCGUACCAACGUGACACUAUAGAUGACCGUGCACUUCUCGAUAGGGGCACUGACCCUGAAACUGACGCGUUGUUGGAUGCUGCCUUGGCCCCGCUACAGGAUUUCAGAGCCACCACAUCUCAGGGGCUUCUUCGACCACAGACGCGCGACGAUUUGGACGUGCGGCUGGAGUCCCGUCCCAAGGAUGUUGGGCGCAUCCUCCGACGGGGCACCUCUUUAGAAUACAAAGACUGUAAGGACUAUAGCAAGACAGACGAGGAUCGACUCCUGAGCAAAAUUGAGCAGGAUAACCGUCUUCUCGAAGAAUUAGACCGUGCGAAACCGCGUUCAUCAAACAAAAUAUCUCACAGUCUCGAACGAAUCCCUUCGGCGCGCUCCCGCCGCCUGUUACCAAAUAUUUCCCGCGAACAGCGCCGCCGCUCCAUGUCAGAGCACCAUCUGAUUCCGGACGGGCUUGGGUAUGACCAUCCAGUUGAGCGCCCGAUCGGCUCAGACUCAAUGGGCCUGAGCGGAACGUCAGCAUCAGCCAAGGAUCGAGCCGUAGGCCAAGCCAGUUCUGCGCAUGGAGCGGCGGCAGCGAUGGCGACUCCUUCUGUAACUAGUCAGGUCGGGGGCAUAGUAGGCCCUUCGUCCUCCACAAGAGCUGCAGGAACGCUCCGCGGGGACGUGGUGACGCUCGCAGAGCAAGGUGCCUUGACUGUCGGAUCUGGCCAGAUGAUCAGCUCUGCCGGAGUUGUUGAAACCGGGCAACAGGCCCAGGUGAUCCACAGGCCUCGGGCCGUCAAAAAAGCCCCUCAACCACAGCCGACGGUUGGCCAGGCACCUGCCGGCAACGCCCCACAUACAGUUUCCAGCCAGGAGCUGGAGGGUCUGAUGAAGAAACUCGAGCAAGACAACAAAGUACUCGCCGAGCUAGAUCGGAAACGCCUCGAGAAAGAGGCCCUACAAACUCAACAGCAGCAGCAGCAGCAGCAAUCCUGUAUCUGCGGACACAUAGAUACAGUACAGUCUGGCAAUUCGGCACCACUUUGUUGUCAGAAUGCCGGACAAGCGACAACAGUCACGCUGGUGACACCGGCGCCCGGCACUUGUCCGCACGUUCAGCUUAUCCAACCUGGGACUUCAGGCACACCCGGCUUAACCUGUUGCGCGGCGCACGGCAAGCCCGUGGCAUUACCAUUAGCGCCGCCAGCAUUAUGCACAGCUAUGUCUAACCUACCGAGCGUGCCAGGCACCGGCAUAGGCGGGACGCGCUGCGUCAGCACAGGUGUUAAUUGUGCCACGUCCGCAGUGACCCCUGCAGGUACACUGCGGACUCAAACGCCACUUGGCCUACAGAACAAGCUCGUGCAGCACCCGAGCUCGUAUCAGCACGCAAUUGCUACGCCGGACACAGUCAUCACUUCGUAUAGUGCCAUGUCACAGAAAGAUUUUUACGACGAUUUAGGGGUAGAGUCUGUGGAUUAUGUAGAAAUUCCCGGCAGAGGGCGCUGUCGAGUUUAUUUAGCACGCUAUAGCUACGAUCCAUUGAAACAGUCACCAAAUGAAAAUCCGGAAGCAGAACUAGCGCUCUCUGCUGGCGAGUAUGUGCUCAUAUUUGGCGAAAUCGAUGAGGAUGGCUUCUAUAACGGAGAGCUUCUCGAUGGCCAGAGGGGCCUCGUGCCGUCUAAUUUCAUCGAAAAACUUACAGGGGAAGACCUGUUCCAGUUUCAGACUACAGUUUUGUAUUGUUAUCGCGACUCAGACGAAAGUAGCGUGGCCGGAACCACGUAUAUGACCCCAGAUGAGGGACAAUACGUUGUCGAUCCUCCAGUUAGGAUCGCACCAGAAGAUUACCACCGAAUGAAUGGUUACAUCGACAUGGAGGAAGACGACGAGCCUGGCGGUGAUGAGGAAAGUUUUACAGAAAUGGACGGAGCGCUGCCACACUACCCGAGCGGUAGGCUCAAACCCCAAUUUGUAGUGCCGGCGCCGCAGCGCCUCGUGUUGGAACGCCAGCUGAACAAGAGCAUCCUGAUUGGCUGGCUACCCCCGGACGUGGUGCUCGGCUCCUUAGAGAGCUAUCAGGUGUACGUAGAUGGCGAGCUGCGCGCGGUCAUCCGUGCUGGCGAACGCACUCGUGCCCUCGUAGAGAGCGUAGACUCCUCUAUACCGCACCGUGUGUCGGUGCGAUCCGUGCUGGUCAGUGGACAUCACUCCAGGGACGCGGCAUGCACAAUUGUUAUUGGCAAGAACAUCCCGCUGGCGCCAAGCUUCGUCAAGGCCGCUAGCAUAACCUCUACAUCGGCCUUAAUUCGCUGGAUACCGUCGAACUCGAAUUUCCAGCACGUCGUUGCCGUCAACAACGUCGACCUCAAACUGGUGAAACCGGGAGUGUACCGUUAUUCAAUUACAGGUUUAUCGCCGAAUACCGUCUAUCGGGUAUCGGUACGGGCGCGGCCGGGUAAACUGCUUGUGCAGAACACCAAGAAAUCCUCGCUGGUUUGUUCGGUUGAAUUUCGCACAUUGGCCAAAGGCAUACCCGACCCCCCAGUGGAUAUACGUGUCGAGCCCGGGCCGCAAGACGGUACGAUCCUCGUAACCUGGUUACCGGUUCAGCAAACCAAUAAUCCGGACCAACCUGGGUUGCCUGUAAGCGGCUAUGCAGUUUUCGCAUCUGGCCGUAUGGUGACCCAGAUUGACAGCCCUUCAGGUGAUCACGCUUUAUUAUCCCUUACCCAUCUGCUCAAUUCGCGCACGAUCACUGUGCGUACGAAGGCUGAUACACUGUUGUCGGCUGACUCGCUUCCGUGUCAUAUACCUGAGCACGUCCUUAAGGGCAAGCGGCUCCCGCCUAGAGAACAGCAGAUGUUGCGCAUGGACGAAUCGUAUUCAGAGUCGGACGUGGUGGAUGAGUAUGGACGCCGCAUUAAUGGAACAGGACCCGUCGGCGUCGGUGUACCUGGCCGAAGGUUAGUUGGGCCCCAGGGCCGGCUGCAGCAAACAACGGGCUAUGGUGCCUCACCCCCGCAAGUGGCCGUGCGGUUAGGGCCGCACGGACCCAAACGGAACUCUGCGGGUCAACUUGUGCUCGAGCCGGAAGAGUGCCUCUCGGACAAAGAAAUCUACCCCCAGGUUUUGAAUCCCGCAUUAUCGGCUUCUGCGUCUGGAGCGGUCCCGGCGAUUGAAGUCACCAAAGAUCGCUCCGUCGUAGACAGUUACUCGGAGGAGGAGUUCGACAAGCAUAACGAGCUCCGGCGACCGAUAUCGCCGGGGCUCCGGAGGGGCAUGGGUCCGCGAGGUCGAGGAGCGGGGAUAAUGAUGGGCCAUAGCGGCCCUACGGGUGGACAACGAAGUCGGUGGUUUAUGGCGCUAUUCGAUUACAACCCCCUGACGAUGUCGCCCAAUCCAGAUGCUGCACAUGAGGAAUUGCCCUUCAAGGAGGGUCAAGUAAUUCGGGUUUACGGCGAGAAAGAUAACGACGGCUUCUAUCGCGGAGAAUUAAAUGGGCGAAUGGGGUUAGUUCCCUGCAAUAUGGUGUCCGAGGUCCAGGGCCCGUACGCAGGCGGGCAAUCAGGUCAAAGCCGGCCGCACUUCCAACAGCUCAGUCAAGCGCACAAUCGACCACCUGGAGGCCAAGGACCACGCCGGAGGAUGAUAGCACUUUACGAUUAUGACCCAUCGUUGUCACCAAACGCGGAUGCUGAAAUGGAGUUGUCAUUCAAAACGGGUGAUAUUCUCGUUGUUCUUGGUGACAUGGACGAAGACGGCUUCUACAUGGCCGAACUUAGAGGCGUCCGGGGUCUUGUGCCAUCGAAUUUCCUCGCAGAUCCACCACCUAAUUACCCUGACCAAAGAGGCGGUAUGGGGCCACCAAUGCGAGGCCCACCGAGGAGCGGACACAUGAGCCAUGGCGGGCCUCAAUAUCACAGUCAACAUCCACCAUCCGGUCACCCUGAACAUGAUACGCAUGGUCGGCAAGGUGAUCCCAUGCACGAAGGUGAUCUUUAUUACGAUUCGCGGCGAGGACCUCCACGAGGACCAAGUGAUUACCAGGGAGGUGGAGGGCCUUUUCCUCCACGACCCAACCCUGGUGGAUCCCAGCAGGUACAAGGUUCUCAAGGUCCACCGGGACAAGCGAGUCAAGGCGGUCAGGGCGGUUACGGGUAUAACGCAAACAAUACUGGCGGUCCAGUAGCACACCGAGACCCACAAGGCUACAGAGAUUCUAGGGAUUCCGGAGGACAGAACAUGCAAGGACAACGGCCUCAACACGGUAGAGGCAGUAUGGACCCAGAAAUGGCCCACCGAGUUGAGUCCCAUCCUCAGCCCCAACCGCAAUGGUGAGCGCUAAUCCCCAGACCACAACGUGCAACUGCCGCUUUGCCUAUAAAUGUGACGAAGGCGAGCAUCGCACCUUCAUUUAUCUCGACGCCUGCAAAAGUGAAAGCAUCCGAAGAUAAUCUUAUGCUUCCAACUGAGGACGAUACAUCCCUAGGGAAUGUUUUGGGUCGCUUGAUAGCUCUUUGUGAGGCAACACCAAGAAAAAAGGAGACACUAGGACCGAAAAAAAGUGGCGGCUAUUGGAGGUCUUGGUCCGAGAACCUGCUACUACAGGCUUUCCUGACCGAUACUAAGCGAGCGAGUUUAAGUGAUUUUCUGCACUUUCUGAUAUGACGACGAAAAAAGUUUAGGAGAAGUAACACAAAACAAAGAAAGAGACAGAGAGAGAGAGAGAGAGAGAGAGAGAGAGAGAGAGCGAGCGAUAGAGAGACAAAUACGAAAAGAUUUAAUGAAAUGAAGAUAAAAACCGACUGGAACAGUUAAUAUUAGUACGAAAUGGAUAUGAAAAGACAGAUAGAAAAAAAUGACGAUAAAGUGUUGAGUAACUUAUAAUUCACGACUGCUGAUUGACUGCCUUGUUUAGACGUGACCGCGAGCAAGGAACUUCGGUCGCAUGUUUCAUGAGGUAUUGUUUAUUAUAAUUAUUCUUAUUAAUAACACUACGAUGAUGAUGAUGAUAUCCAUUGUUAUUAUUACGGUAAAACUAUUAUUACAAUUGAAAGUUAGAACUACAAUAAACGACGUAGUAAACUGUAAUAAUAGUAACGAUUAUAGUAAUAAGAAGAUCAAUCACUCUAAUCACUGUAGUGAUGAUAAUGAUAAUAUUAGCACAUCGUAAUUUGUUUAUGAAGGCCGUCGUCGACUAACUGAUUGAAAACACGAAAUUGAGCGGUGGAGGAAAAAUAGCAACCGUUCAUCGUUCUACACAUCCUACACAAUAACGGUAUAUAUACAUAUAUACAAUGAGGUAAAAUAUACAAUACAACCAGCCAACCUUGUACCCCGUAACAUAUUUUACCAUCCCAAAAAUAUUUCCGUUAAUCUUGAGCGUCAGUGAUGGCUACCUCAUUACAAUUACACCAUGACUUAGGAGCCAAAAAGGGUGAAAAAAAAAAGCAAGUUAGGGUAAAAAAUUACGUUAAGAAAGGGCGGAUACAAGGCGUACAUUACGUAUUUCAGACGAAAAACGUUCUAGGCCGAAAUAGCCUCACCUAACAAGAUAGCGAAACAACUUGAACAUAAUGCUUAUGCGUUACCUAUUAUAUUGACGACACAGUAAGCUACCAGCCGAUAAAGAACCUAAACGCAGCACAAUUUGCUAUGAAUGGCGCAGGUUGACCUAUUCUUGGUAGAUUUUCAGCCGUGUUUUUGGUUCGCCUUAUUCGACACCGACUUUUUUGUUUAAUCGACCUGCCGUUGCGCUGAAACUGUGGACUCUAAUAGUAACGUUAUCAAACUAGAAAUAAGAAAAAGUAAACUAUAUGAAAUAAUAUACAAAGAAAUUAUUUAAUUGAAUUUAAACGAUCAUUAUUAAAACUAGUACAAUCAUGUAAUGAUUAGAAAUUCGCUGCUUCGAGUGUCUUAAAAUCCUAGUUUUUAUCAUUGUGAUGAACAGGGGUUUUGGCUGCCCAUCAAAAAGGUACCCUGUUGUUGUUUUUAAAAAAAAAUUCUAAGAACCAUACACCGUUCUAAAUUCGAAGGUGUUAAUCUAUUCAUAAGUAAUAAUAAUAAGCAGGUAGUAUAAAGAUCAUCGCCCUAUCAACGGGGUGUGACAAUGAGCUUGGUUAAAGACUAUUGAGUCAACAGCUAAAUCUAUUUAAUGGACUUCCUAUGAUUGCCCAUCAUUAGUUAACUUUGAUUGUUUUGUCUUCCGAGAUUUCCUGCAAAACCCGCAUUCAGUCAGGCAUAGAUUGGUAUCAAUGGCCUUAUUGAUCUUGCGCCAAUAACGCCUGUAUGCGUGUCUCAAUACUGACGGAUUAAUUUAGUAUAUCAACAGAUUGCUUCGUAAUCAUUAAGACUGUAGCCAAAAUGUUUCGGUAACCAUGUCCCGCUUUCGCUAUGCCUAGAAGGCAUUCACGCGGUAGCCUUUGGCCGAGCUACUAAUUAGGUGUAAACUAUCAGAUGAUCAAGUCAACCCUAAUGCCCAUGUAUCGACACUACGCUGACGUGGGGGCGUCCGAACUUGCAAACCAAAAGCACCCGAUGCACCAACUUUACCUCAUAUGAACACACAGACUAUUCGAAUCAGAUCAUAGGACCUAAAACUACGAAACUUGCGUAUAUACAGAUGAGUAUUCCUGCGUGAUCAACUUCUCAUGAAAAAUUAAUGAUAUCGGGAGAAAGGGCCGCCUAGGCUAUAUUUCCUGCUAAGUUUAAGAUAAUUACGUGACAUACGCAAAGCCCGCGAAAUCGAUAGAUGUUUUCAAGGAUCUCAGCCAUCUCACGUAUUGAAAUAGAAAGCUGCAUAGAUAGCUGGUACUGGCACGUAUCUUAUACGUACACAUUGAAUUAGGCUAGCCGAUGUGGAAUCUCUCACAGCUUCAAAAAAUCUUGUUUCGAAAAAAACAAGCCGCCAUGCUUACUUCUUAGCUUAUUUUUAAAUUUUCAUAAUUAACGCUUUUACCGGCGGCGGAACGAUGAAUCUCAUAGGGCAUUUGCAUGUGCGUUUUCUUAUUGGAGCCAUCUCUAUAUACAAUGUGUCAUUAGAAAUCCUCCCAACCAAGGUUCGAUGACUAAACAGAGAAUAGAAAUAAAGUAAUUAGACUACUUUUUCAUAAAGUAGUGUAUAAUAUCACACGUAUAUGUGAUGCAAAUCACCCACUAGGCUAUAUAUAAAUUAAUAUUAAAAAAAAUGUUACUUAUGUAUAUAUGUAAUCUUUAAAUUUCGAGUUUUACGUUUAUCGCCAUCGCCAUAAGGCAUUCUGCCUUCUAGUGCGAAACGAAAUCUGUCUGUCUGUCUAUGCCCGAAUUUGUCCCUAGGACAACGUGUCCCUAGGAUUAUCAUGCAACUACGCUACCCACUAAUCUAUGACGGCAAUCAAACUUUCUAACAUUUAUAGUAGUAGUUCAGCCACAAAGGAGUUUUUCCUCGCUAAGCAAUGCAUAGAAAGCUUGUAAGACUAUUAUGUUCAUAUCGAGAAAAACAACUGCAUAGCUCACUCAUUACCACUUGUUUUUUGGAAGUUGUGCAGUUAUAAGGACGCUUGCCUUAGAAAAAUCGACAACAGAAAUUAUCUAAGUACUAUAUUAUACUAUAAUUAUAUGCCGUACUUAUACGGCAUUUGCGCGGUUUUUUGCCAGGGUAUUCACACUGAUUUUGUUACUAUUACGAAUAAUGAGAGCGAUUCGUUCGGCAGCGGUUUGUAUAGGAAGCUCCGUUGUGCGCAAUUUUCUUAUGCUCACGGAAUAAGUCGGUGGUUUGGCAUACGAGACAAGUUGAGGAAAAGAGUAAGCCGGGCUAUUUCUUACAUAAAUGGAACGGUUUGUGUAUACGAAGUCUCUGUUCUACGUGUCUGCGAUUGACAAGACACUACUGUAUUGAACCUUUGAUGUCUGGGGCCCACCACUUCCGUAUUCGUGAACAUAAGAAAUAUAUAGGGGAGAUGGCAAACGGGUACAAUGAAAUGAUUUAGUCUUCAGGAAAACAAGGUUUUACUUUAUGAAUUUUCUACGUUUUAUGUUGUUAUUGCCCUGCUGCAACCAUAUCCUAGCAUUGUUGCCAUCAUCGUCGUCGAUGUUGCUACUGUUCAAGUUUGCUUACGCAUCGCGCUGUUCAUCGGACUGUAAAGUCACCCGAAAAGAAAAUUGUUUGGAAAAAUCGAUGCAUAAAGAACGUUUUUCGAACGUCUAAUACCGCCUCUGUACAAUUACUAACUACCUUCCCCUAAUGGAGCCGCCGUGUCCGAAGUGAACAAAUCCCGGGAUGAAUGGGAAAUCGAUCGAGAUCGGGAGAAGAAGAACGUGCAGAAACAGUAAACAAUACCGAUGAACUGAAACAAACUAACAAAAACUGACGGGAAAAAAGCCAAAGCCGAGCAAAUCGUACCCUCAUAAGCACAUAUAUUACAUGAACAUGUGUACACACCGUACCAAUUCCCACGAGUCCUAAAACUGAGACCGAAUAAGUGUGUCUUUCCCUCCAAAUACUGCUAUUUCCCGGCACUGUUUUCGACUGAGCCUUCACCAUCUAACUGAACUGGACAGAGUCUUAUGAACUCGGACCCACGAGUAUUGCGUAUACCACGACCGCCAUCAACAACGUUAUAAACGAACAACAACAGCAAAACAAUGGAAACCAACAAAAACAAAUCGUCGAUGAUUGAUUAAGUAACUUAGGAAAUUAAUUGAUUAUUAAGUUACCUGAGACCUUCUGCUGUAAAUAUAGGUUGGCUGAUGAUAUAUAUUCAUUGUACACCUAAGCUUUGUUCUUCCACAGGAGCACUUGGUGUUUCUUUGGUUACAGUUUUCUUUCCAUCCAAAUGCCCCCAUUGCAGACGUGGUCCCUUCUAGCGAGAUGAUAAGCAUAAGCAAAUGCGUAUAUAUCGAUGAGCUAAACCCUAUUUGAUGGGUUGUACAAGAACAGAAGGAUGGACAUAAAGAGAAAAUAUAGUUACGGCGUACGCCUAUAUGCAUCUGUGUUGUUUUUAACUGUGCGUGCUACUGCGAUGAUGAAACCAGAUUAGGGUUUCGCCAAAUCCACUAAUAACUAUAGGAAUAUUAACGGAUGAACUGAAGCUUGAGACGCAUCCAACUUUGGACGAGAAUCAGAUCAAUUUAUAGUAGAACAACUCGACGAACAGAGAAAAAUCUAAAGGACCGUGAUUUAAGAUGAAAUCUAAAUGAGAGAAAAAUAGCCCAGAAGACGAGACCACAGACAUAACUCCCAAAAUAUCUUACUACGAAUAAAUUACGCAUUUGAACUAACCAAAAUUAACAUCUAAACAAAAGAUCGAACUUUAAUUGUGAGUAGCAAAAUCUAUUACACAGUACAAAAACCACAUCAACAACCCAAUAAUUGAUAAAAUAAUUAAUAUGAUCAUAAAAAAUGCACAAUGUAUCAACAGCAAAUCACAUCACUAUGACUUGUCAACACCUCUGAAUAUUACUCGUGAAUAAUAAUAGAAGAUUAAGAAGAAAUAGCUGGUUGUGGGUAAACAAACGAUACAAUAGGUCAAUGAGGGGCUAAAAAAUAAUAACAAUGGAUAGGUGGAACUACGAUAAUAACAAAAAUAUUCAUACAUAGUUAUUACAAUGGGUACAAUAUGAGUGCGUACGUAGUGACGAAUGAUUAAAUGAGCAAAGCAUGUAAAAUAAACGGAUAUAAUCGACUGACAAAUAUAUAGGUAUAAAAAUAAUAUUAAUUGACAGAUCGGUCAAUUGAUGCCUGAUGCGAUGACUGAUGGCGAUAAUCAUGCUUACAUUACACAAACAUACACAUACAUACAAACAAACACAUAUACACGAACAAAUACUGCUUAUUCUUCCGAUUCCAACCCCCAGCAAUAGCAAACACAAAAAUAUUAAAACAAUAGAAAUAGUAGUCAUAGUCUUUGUAAAGCAAGCACAGCAGCAUCAUUCUUAAUCCGAGUUUUGCCUAACACUGCCCAUCGCAGCCCUUGAAGUUCCCUUCUCCAUUACCCGCAUUCUACUACGAGUUACUACAACUACUAAUGUCUGGAAGAGAGCACAUACAUAGAAUAUAUGUCCUAUAAUAUUUAUUACGUCUCGAUGAUGGUAAUAAUAAUAGUAAUUAUAUACUUUACCGAAAGCGAUUGUUAGCACUAGCGUAUACAGGAACACUAGACAUAUACGCGUUAGCUUCUUUACACCCCUUACACGAGAGACAAACAUCAGAUCUCUGUGUCAGCCUCCGUCAGUUGCACAAGGAAGCGCCUGUGAAUCCCUGCACACAGACGAAAAACGUUUCGUCCGAAAUAGCGAGUAGACAACCGAUCGAACGGCGCCGACUAGCCUGCAUCUACGUAGGGAAUACGCUCAGGCGGCAAGGUCGAUACCGAAUAGCUAUGUGUCGUGCGUCUGUUCUGCGAAAGUCAACUAUGGCAUAUUAUUAUGCUUGUAACUACUACACCAUAAUUAUCACUAGAAGUGUCAAAGCCAUUUCCCACGUUACAUUACACUCUCGUAUCAGAAGCUGUAGAAAAACUACUGAGUUGUGCGUCUCUUUUUUGCAUCCCGUUUGGUUUCCUAGCGCCUCUGUGUACGUAUCGUUUGUAUCGAGCAGUAUGUAUGCAUAACAAUAAUAAUCCUAACUGCAACAUCGCCACAAAGGAGACCAUCGACCAUCGUAUCAUGUAUCUGAAGACGAUGACCAUAUAUAUAUAUAUAUAUAUAUAUAUAUAUAUAUAUAUAUAUAUAU